AGUAACUGCCUCCUGGAGGCUCACUGUCUCAUCAUCUUUAUAUCCCGUCACCUUUUCGGACUUCUGAGCUGAGCACCAUGGGGACUCCAAAUGAUCAGGCGGUGUUGCAGGCCAUCUUUAACCCUGAUACUCCAUUUGGAGAUGUUGUUGGGUUGGACAUGGGAGAGGAAGCAGAGCAGGAAGGAGAUGAAGAUGGAGUGUUCCCUCAAGCACAGCUGGAGCAGUCCAAGGCCCUGGAGUUGCAGGGGGUGAGGGCAGCAGAAGCUGGGGACCUCCACACAGCCCUGGAAAGGUUUGGCCAAGCCAUCUGCCUGUUGCCAGAGAGAGCCUCAGCCUACAACAACCGGGCCCAGGCCCAGCGGCUCCAGGGGGAUGUAGCAGGCGCCCUGGAGGACCUGGAGCGCGCAGUGGUGCUGAGCGGCGGCCGGGGCCGUGCCGCCCGCCAGAGCUUCGUGCAGCGCGGCCUCCUGGCACGACUGCAAGGCCGGGACGACGACGCCCGUAGGGACUUCGAGAGGGCGGCUCGGCUGGGCAGCUCGUUCGCGCGGCGCCAGCUGGUGCUGCUCAAUCCGUACGCCGCGCUGUGCAACUCCAUGCUGGCAGACAUGAUGGGGCAGCUGCGUGGACCCUGCAACGGGCGCUGAGCGCCUCCCCGGGGGACGGACAGGGGUUCCUGAUACAAUAAAGCAGGCGGGACUCGCCGACUGCGCCUGCA